CUGCCCCAUUUUUAGAAACAGGCAAAAGAAGAGGGAGGGGAGUGUGGAGGAGAAGAGAGAGACAUUCUGGCUAUGGAAAAGAAAUUGUGUUUGAGAAACAAAUAUUGGGUUUUAAGGCAUGGAAAGAGCAUUCCUAAUGAAAAGGGUCUCAUUGUUUCCUCUAUGGAAAAUGGGAUCAAGGAAGAAUACCAAUUAGCAGAUGAAGGUGUUGGUCAGGCACAGUUGGCUGGAGAAUUGUUCCUUAAGGAAUUGAAAGAGAGAAACAUACCACUUGAAAGUGUUCGCAUCUGCUACUCUCCAUUUGCAAGAACGAGCCACACUGCCAAAGUUGUUGCAUCUGUUUUGAAUCUUCCCUUUGAAGGUCCUCAAUGUAAAAUGAUGGGAGAUCUUCGAGAACGCUAUUUUGGUCCUUCAUUUGAACUUUUUUCACAUGAUAAGUAUCCUGAGAUAUGGGCACUUGAUGAGAAAGAUCCAUUCACUCGACCAGAAGGUGGAGAAAGUGUUGAUGAUGUCGCUACUAGACUUGAAAGUGCUCUGGCAAUUAUCGAGUCAGAAUUUCAAGGGUGUGCAGUCUUGAUUGUGAGCCAUGGUGACCCCUUGCAAAUCUUGCAAACAGUACUAAAUGCAACCAAGCAAAACACAGAGUCGUCCUCUAAUGACUUGGCAUCAAUAAUUCAAGCAGUCAAGGUCCCUUCUGUCUUGUCUCAGCACCGGAAAUUUGCACUGGUUACUGGAGAACUUAGGCCGGUAGAAUAAUUUGCAACUCAUGUUGAGUGAUGUGGUUUGAGACUUCAGUGAUUUGAUUUUGUUUAGACUUGAAAAAUAUCCCCUGAAGCAACAAUGAUUCUUCUGAUGAGCAAUAGCAUAGUCUGCUUAAGAUCCAUUCUGUUUCAA